AUGGGAUGGUAUAGAGCUGCUGCUUCUGGCAUACUGAAGCAUUCAAUUAGGAGAAACCUCCAUCGAUGUGGAUCGUCGUGUUAUGCGACAAGGAACAUAGUCCUUUCAUCAACAAGUAGGAACUUUCAGACAACAGUUUUCAAAUCCAAAGCACAAGCUGCAUCUGUACCUCGUGCCGUGCCCCUUUCUAGGUUAACCGACAACUUCUUAGAUGGUACGAGCAGCGUGUAUUUGGAGGAGCUUCAAAGAGCUUGGGAAGCUGAUCCAAACAGUGUAGACGAGUCUUGGGACAAUUUCUUCAGGAACUUUGUAGGUCGGGCUUCUACUUUCCCGGGAAUUUCUGGCCAAACGAUUCAGGAGAGUAUGCGAUUGCUGCUGCUGGUGAGAGCAUAUCAGGUUAACGGCCACAUGAAAGCCAAGCUAGAUCCUUUGGGUUUGGAAGAACGUAAAAUCCCCGAUGAGUUAGAUCUCACCCUUCAUGGGUUCACCGAGGCUGAUCUUGAUCGAGAAUUCUUUUUAGGGGUGUGGAAUAUGUCCGGAUUUUUAUCUGAGAAUCGUCCGGUGCAAACCCUUAGGUCUAUUUUGACACGGCUCGAGCAAGCUUAUUGCGGAAGCAUUGGGUAUGAGUACAUGCAUAUACCGGAUCGUGACAAAUGUAAUUGGCUUAGGGAGAAGAUUGAAACCCCUGCAGCCACUCAAUUUAGUCGGGAGCGUCGUGAGGCUAUUUUUGAUAGGCUUGCUUGGAGUACACUUUUUGAAAACUUCUUGGCCACCAAGUGGACAUCAGCAAAGAGGUUUGGGCUUGAAGGGGGAGAGACUCUUAUUCCUGGAAUGAAAGAAAUGUUUGACCGAGCAUCCGAUCUUGGAGUCGAGAACAUAGUUAUGGGAAUGGCACAUAGAGGAAGAUUGAAUGUUUUGGGUAACGUAGUUCGGAAGCCACUUCGUCAAAUAUUUUGCGAGUUUAGUGGUGGUGGUUUACCCGUGGAUGAAGCCGGUCUCUACACAGGAACAGGUGAUGUUAAAUAUCAUUUGGGAACUUCUUAUGAUCGGCCAACCAGGGGCGGGAGGAGACUACAUUUGUCUUUGGUGGCAAAUCCUAGUCACUUAGAAGCAGUUAAUCCACUCGUUAUUGGAAAAACUCGAGCAAAGCAGUAUUACUCAAAUGACGCCGAAAGAAUGAAAAACAUGGGUGUUUUGAUUCAUGGAGAUGGUAGUUUUGCUGGACAAGGUGUAGUCUAUGAAACCCUUCAUCUUAGCGCUCUUCCGAGUUAUACUACAGGUGGAACUAUACACAUCGUAUUCAACAAUCAAGUUGCGUUUACAACUGAUCCAAAGUCAGGAAGAUCUUCACAAUAUUCCACUGAUGUCGCCAAAGCAAUAUCUGCUCCAAUCUUUCAUGUGAAUGGUGAUGACGUGGAAGCAGUUAUUCAUGUGUGCGAACUUGCUGCAGAAUGGCGUCAGACUUUUCAUUCAGACGUGGUUGUUGACUUAGUAUGUUACCGUCGCUUUGGUCACAACGAGAUAGAUGAACCUUCUUUCACACAGCCUAAAAUGUAUAAGGUCAUCCGAAACCAUCCAUCAGCACUUGAGAUUUAUCAGAAGAAACUUUUGGAAUUAGGAGAUUUAACUAAAGAAGACAUUGAUAAGAUACACAAGAAGGUAACAUCAAUUCUAAAUGAUGAGUUUCUGGCCAGCAAAGAUUAUGUUCCGAAAAGGAGAGAUUGGCUUUCAGCGUAUUGGUCUGGUUUCAAGUCACCUGAGCAGCUUUCACGUAUUCGGAACACCGGGGUGAAACCGGAGAUUUUGAAAAAUGUUGGGAAAGCAAUCACUGCCUUACCUGAAAAUUUUACUCCUCAUAAAGCAGUGAAGAGGAUUUAUGAACAACGUGCCCAAAUGAUCGAAAAAGGGGAAGAUAUUGACUGGGGUUUUGCAGAGGCACUUGCUUUCGCAACAUUGAUAGUGGAAGGCAACCAUGUUCGUUUAAGCGGCCAGGACGUUGAAAGAGGAACGUUUAGUCACCGUCAUGCAGUAGUUCAUGAUCAAGCAACUUGGAAGAAAUAUUGCCCCUUUGACCAUGUUGUAAUGAACCAAAGUGAAGAGAUGUUCACUGUUAGCAAUAGCUCGCUUUCUGAGUUUGGUGUUCUUGGGUUUGAAUUGGGUUACUCAAUGGAAAAUCCUAAUUCAUUGGUGAUCUGGGAGGCACAAUUUGGUGAUUUUGCCAACGGUGCUCAAGUCAUAUUCGACAAUUUCUUGAGUUGUGGUGAGUCUAAAUGGCUCCGUCAGGCCGGUCUUGUUGUGUUACUUCCACAUGGUUAUGAUGGCCAAGGCCCGGAGCAUUCAAGUGCGAGAUUGGAACGCUUUCUUCAGAUGGCUGAUGAUCAUCCUUAUGUUAUUCCUGAGAUGGAUCCUACUCUUCGAAAACAAAUUCAAGAAUGUAAUUGGCAGAUUGUGAAUGUUACAACUCCUGCAAAUUUUUUCCAUGUUUUACGGCGGCAGAUACAUAGAGAAUUCCGUAAACCUCUCAUUGUAAUGUCCCCUAAGAAUCUGCUUCGCAGUAAGGUUUGCAGAUCAAAUUUAUCUGAGUUUGAUGAUGUCCAAGGACAUCCAGGUUUUGAUAAACAAGGAACCAGAUUUAAGCGCCUCAUAAAAGACCAAAACAACCACGCAAAUGUCGAGGAGGGUAUCAGACGUCUAAUACUAUGUUCUGGAAAGGUUUACUACGAACUUGAUGAUCAACGAGCAAAGGUAGAUGCAAAAGAUGUUGCAAUAUGUAGGGUGGAACAGCUUUGUCCUUUCCCUUAUGACCUUGUCCAACGAGAACUCAAACGAUAUCCAAACGCUGAGAUUGUUUGGUGUCAAGAAGAACCAAUGAACAUGGGUGGAUACACUUAUGUUUUACCGCGACUUAUAACUUCAAUGAAGUCAUUAGGUAGGGGAGGUUAUGAUGAUAUCAAAUAUGUCGGUCGGGAUCCGUCUGCAGCCACAGCUACUGGUUUCCUCAAGGUUCACCAUAAGGAGCAGACUGAGCUAGUUGAGAAAGCCCUUCAAAGUGAACCAAUCAACUUCCCUUACUAA